GAUUUGCGUAUAAAAUUUGAUGAAUGCGUUUUGAUAAGUGAUAUUAUUUUGGAUUUAGGUUGCACCGAAGCCACAGCAAUAGAUCAAAUAUAUGCCCUUUUAUUUGGAACAAUACAUAGUCGUUGGAUGAAUAUUCCCGUCGAACUACAUUGUCCCAUAUCAAACCCUUCUCGACAACUGUGGUACUCUACCGAUUCUGUCUAUAAAGCCGCCUUUGGUUGUCGUGAUGAAUCUGAUCUUAGUCUCUUUCUUCCUAUCUUCCCUGAUGAUGAAAAUAUCACUUUUGUUGGGUCGAAUAAGACUCAUUUCGCAACCUGUAUCUUCUAUCUGGUUGGCGAAUUUAUAAUAACGGAUGGUUAUCUGUUCUCAACACAAGAACACAAUUUUGAUAGUCGCUUUAAUGUUGAAAUUUAUACUGAUCUUGGAACUUCUAUCACUUUAAAUACAACUAUCUGCAAAACCGGUGUCAUACGAAAUGGAACCUGUGGAAGUAAGGACGAAUUAGGCGAAAGCUUCCCUGGUAAACAAAUGAAUCGAAAUCUUCCAGAUCGUUAUGAAGUUAGUUAUACAGUCCGUGCUCGAGAUGGGGAUCGACAUAAAUGCAUGGCCAGCAUAGGAGGGGAAUUUCACUCGUUUGUAGUUCGAGUAAAAGGUUUCACCGAAACCUCAGAAAUAGAUCGAAUAUCUGCCAAAUUUUAUCGAACUGUAUAUCGUCGUUGGAAUUUUCGUCCCAUCGAAUUACAUUGUCCUUUUUCCAACCCCUCUCGACAACUGUGGUACUCUACCGAAUCAGUCUAUAAAGCCGCCUUUGGUUGCCGUGAUGGUUCUGAUCUUAGUCUCUUUCUUCCUAUCUUCCCCGAUGUUGAAAAUAUUACAUUUGUUGGUUUGAAUUCGACUCAUUUUGCAACCUGUACCUUCCGACUUGUUGGCGAAUUUAUUGAAGUGGACGGAAAUUUGUUUUCAUCUCGAGAACACAAUUUUGAUGAUCGCUUUGAUGUUGAAAUUUACACUGAUCUUGGAACUUCUAUCACUUUAAAUACAACUAUCUGCAAAACCGGUGUCAUUCGAAAUGGAUCCUGUGGAAGCACGGAUGCACUUGGUACGAAGUUUACUGGUGAACAGAUAAACCGUCGCCGUCCGGUCGGUUAUGGAGUUAGUUAUACGGUUCUCGCUCGAGAUGGUGAUCGACAUCAGUAA